AUGGCAACCCCCCAAGCUUCACUAAAGACCUCAGCAACUGAACUACUCGGCAUCAAGCACCCAGUAGUGUUGGCCGGCAUGUUCGCAGUCGCAUCACCCAAAUUGGCCGCCUCCGUCACCAACGCUGGAGGCCUAGGCGUUAUUGGAGGAGUCCUAUACACACCUGAAGCUCUUCGGGAGGCCCUGGUGGAACUAAAGAGCCACCUUGUGGAUAAGCACGCCCCUUUCGGAGUGGACCUGCUCAUCCCCAAGCUGGGGGCUGACGCAAGAAAAACCAACUAUGACUAUUCCCACGGCAAGUUGGAUGAGCUCAUUGAGAUUAUCAUCGAAAGUGGAGCCAAGUUGUUCGUGUCCGCCGUGGGAUUGCCGCCCAAACAUGUGGUGGACCGACUUCACAGGGGCGGUGUUCUCUACAUGAACAUGGUGGGGCACCCAACCCACGCUCAAAAGGCAAUAGACAAUGGCGCGGACCUGAUUUGCGCCCAAGGAGGCGAGGGAGGUGGCCACACAGGUGAUAUUCCUACGGUGAUCCUGAUCCCUGCCGUAGCAAAGGCCAUCAAAGGCCAGCGCAGCACGUUCACGGGCAAGGAAAUUGUCUUGAUUGCCGCCGGAGGUCUCUACAAUGGCCAGUCCCUUGCUGCGUCUCUGAUGCUUGGAGCAUCAGCUGUUUGGAUCGGAACUCGCUUUAUCCUGGCAGAAGAGUCCGGGGCUUCGGCAUACCACCAGAAGGCGGUGCAACAGACGAAAUUCGGCGAGAUUAUUCGGACAACGAUAUUCUCUGGGCGGCCAAUGCAUACCCGUGCCUCGCCUUACGUUCAUCGGUGGGAGGAAGAGCGCAGGCAGGAGUUGCUUGAGCUUCAGAGCAAGGGUAUUAUCGCGGUCCAGCAUGAUCUUGAGACCAAGCCAAACGACGAGGAGGUCCUUGAGAAUGCUCAUCCCGUCAUCAUGGGUAAGGUUGCAGCCGUCGUCAACGAAAUUCUACCUGCAAAGAAGAUCGUUGAGGGUAUGGUAGAAGAAGCUUAUCAGCAACUGGCUCUGGGGCAAACUAUGAUGAGCAAGAUCUGA